CAGGAAUAUGUAAAAAUUUCUCCAUUGAGGAUGUUAUAGGCCGCAGGCCGCCAGUCGGAGCUCUUCUCCGGCGUUCCCCGACGAGGGAUCCCAGGCUCCGGAAGGUAAGACCACGCCCUGCCCGUGGCUAGAAGCUCUGCAGACUCAUGAUGCUUCAUGAUGUUGUAGUCCGCGGCCCAGCAAUCGGAGCACUCCUCUCUGGCGACCCCCGGCAAGGGUUCGACCGCUCCGCGAUGGAAAAAGUCCAUGAUGCGCUCGCUGCUGAUGCUCCGGACCCGACUCCAGGAAAGGCCGCUCCGAUCCAAGCUGUCAGGAGAGGGGAGGGGAGGCGGAGAAGCAACGUGGAAAAAGUCGCCUCUCCGUCGAGGGUGACUGAAGAACGGUGAGAAAGGGAGGGAAACAUGGAAUGCAAACGUCCCCGGGUGUUGUAUCUCUUGUUAACAGGUUCACCCACUUAGAAGCUGUCGGGACAGAAGACGUUAUCACACUGAGCGGCGGACUGGCUUGCGAAGCAAAAAGGGCUGUUCAGCCAAAACCAAAGAGGACAACGGCAAUGCCAUUGUAGUUGGAGACUCGGAGAGAGUCCAGGUAUUUGUUCCACCGUGUGUGUCGACCCCGGAGUUUGUCCAUGCUGCCAUGAGACCUGAUGUGAUCACAGAGACGGUGGUGGAAGUGUCAACAGAGGAGCCCGAGCCCAUGGACACCUCUCCUGCUGUGCCGAUACCUGAAACCCCUGAGCCAACCAAAAAAAAGAAAGCUGGUCGCAAACCAAAGAAUCAGCAGUCCGGGUUGACGAAUACUGCGUCGGAUCUUUCUGUGAAAAAGAAGGCCAGAGAAGGGAAGGGGAACACUACAUACCUCUGGGAGUUCCUCCUUGACUUACUACAAGACAAAAACACUUGCCCUCGAUACAUCAAGUGGACUCAGCGGGAGAAGGGCAUCUUCAAACUGGUUGACUCUAAGGCAGUGUCUAAGCUUUGGGGAAAACACAAGAACAAGCCAGACAUGAAUUAUGAGACAAUGGGUAGGGCACUAAGGUACUACUACCAAAGAGGGAUCCUGGCCAAGGUGGAAGGCCAACGCUUGGUCUAUCAAUUCAAAGAAAUGCCCAAGAACCUGGUAAUUAUUGAUGAAGACAAAACUGAUGCCAACAAUGAGGGAUCGUAUACCCCUGAGCUCCAGACUGAUGUAGUUGGCCAUUUACCUGAAGGAGUUUCCCCGUUCUUAGAAAAAAUCUCUUCUCACAUUUCCUCAAAAUCUGUGGCAGCUUCUCGAGGGCCGAGGAAUGCAGCACCACAGAGUGUUGUGAAGCUGGGGAGGGCCACAGCGGUGAAGGUCUCGUCAGCUAGUCACGGCGGAGUCCUAUCUUCGGUGCCUACAACCUCCCUACCAGUAGUAACCACAACUGUGCCAAGCAGAACAGUCCGCGUUGCAAUGCAGGUGCCUGUGGUAAUGACCUCUUCGGGACAGAAAUUUUCAACGGUGGCUGUUCAGUCAAUGAACCCAGUUUCAACAGUAAUAACCAGCACAAACACAACUGUGUCUACUCCAAAGGUACUCAUCCAAACCAUCCCAACAAUGGUGUCUCCUUCUACGGCAGAGAAUGGAGACAAGAUCACCAUACAGCCUACAAAGAUCAUCACCAUCCCUGCAACGCAGAUAACCCAGUGCCACUUACAGACAAAGGCAGGCUUGGCUACAACUGGCAGCAUUAACAUAGUUGGGGCACAAGCAGCCAUUCAAGCUCUUUCUCCUAUGUCCAUUGCAGGGGGGACACCUGUAAUGAGACUAGCAGUGCCUGCACAGCAAGCUACAGGCCAGAGCGCUGCUCGAGUUAUUACUGCGGUUAUCAAAGGGGCAGAGGUCAAGCAGGAGGGUACGGCUGCAAAGGUGGGUGCAGAUGUUCAUAAUAUGCCCAUGAUCAAGGAAGAGCGUUCAGUGGAGGGCAGCAAUACGGUGACUCGCUGGGUGGUUGUCAGUGCACCCUCUAUUGCCCUUCCUUUGACAAUGAAAACAGAGGCAGAAGCCACGGUGACUGGUGAAAAAUAAUAGUGCCACUUUGAAGGGUCGCGAUGGGACUUGUAAUUUUUAAUUUACAAGUUGUAAAGGAAUGUUUCCAGCAAACAUUUUACCAUCCCAUGCUUUGCCGUGGAUUUGAGCCACAUCAUCAAAUGCUGACAAAAAAAACUUUUCAAAUAGGAACAAAUGAAACUUUACUGAAUUCAAAUGCAAUUGAUUGCAUGUUGAUCCACAAAUGGGACCAUGUGUUUCACUACAUUUUAAAGCUACGCAAAGAACUUCUGAAACACUAAUGUAUUGGUGAUCGGAAUGGAAUGUUUCUCAGAGUUCUUCAGAAAUUCUAAAGCACAAGUGGUAUCAGGAACUUUACUUCUGCUCCCUAUGUACAACUUCAGUAUAAGGUCUGGUUGGGCAUAGCAGUGAAGGUGCUGAGCUAAAAUGUGAACUGAUCUUUGCCAUAUUACUAAUAAUGGCACAGUUCACAGCAGCUGUAAUCUAACAUUUUCAGCAGAAGACUAUAUGUCUUCUUUUCUAACAUUCCAUUACAGUAAUCCCAUAUCUUGUUUGUUAACAUUCACCUGUCCAGUUUUAAGACCUGCUAUUUUCUGAAAUAAAAUGUUCCCUAAUUAUUCCAUAAUUUUCCAUUAUCAAGCCCCUCCAACCCUGUCCCCCACCUUCCACAUCAUGUUUCAUUUGGGGAUAUAGCCUCAUUGGUUUCCCCUGGAAUUAAUUAUUUAAAUGAUUAGUAGAAUGGUCGCUGUAUUUUCAGGAUCAUAUAAUUGGAAUAGAUCACCAUCCACCAGUUUGGCCAGCUAAGCUGUAUGUAUGCAAGACUUUUUUUUUGCCAUUGGUUGCUUGCAAGCAAGUUCCUGGUAACACUGGUUCUUUUAAAACUGAAUGUUGCCCAUUGCAUUUCAAUGGAAUACCAACAUUUGUUUAAACAACGCUCUGUGCACAGUACUUUUCCUUCUACUGGAGCUAAGUGAAUUCUAUACAAACCAUACGGAAUGUGAAGGAUUAGUUGAAAUGGAAGUUACUGCUUUUAUUUGGAGGUUUGGUGUAUUUUCAGGAUUUGUAUAAUGACAUUUAGUGAGCAAUGUUAAAUGACAAUUUGAGUUUUUUCCAUUUAAAAAAAAUAAGCUAUGUACGAACUAGCUUUUUGUUAAAAGCUCUUUUUAAUAUUUCACGAAGCACAGUAUUGUUAUGGAGUAACAUGUUAUUUUAUGGUAGUUAGAGCCUGCCAGACACAUAGAUUCUGGUCAAGUUAAGUGACCGACCUUUGGCUAUACCUUUUUUAAAAUAAUGCCUGUGUCACUUUGCCUUGGUGUAUGUAUAAACAUUUUACUUUUAUUUUCCUGCCACUUAAAGGUCCUGCUCAGUCUAGCUUUGUGUAAUGAUCUGUUCCUUUCCAGGUAGUUCUAAACCUGCUGACUUCAAUUAAAGAGGAAGUCUCGUCAUCAGGACCCAAAUAUUUUAAAAAGAAAACUGUUACAUUAAAUUAUAAUUAACAUCCUUUUGUCCAUCCAUCUUAUCAAUUUUUAUUUCCAUAGUGACAAUGAACUGUGAUGUGUUUGAGAGAGGAAUGUGUUCUUUUUUUGUUGGGACAGUCAAGGUACGAUAUGCAGUUAAUGUUCAGCUCUUGCUAUUCAGCACCCCCAAGGGAACUCUCUCCCUUUUACCCUGGUACUGCCUUUAGAUUUCACCAGUGCUCACUGUUCAAAUGUAUUCAAAAAGCUGAAAGAAAUGGACCAAAACAAAAUGAUGUUAAACCCGUCAUAACCACCUGCUUUUUAAAACUGGAUUUUGGCAUUGAAGUAAUGAUUGAAUAGGGAGAUUACCAGUGUUCUGACUGAAGAUGUUUGUACGGUUUCAACAUUUGAAGUAUAUUCUAUUUUGUUGUACUCUUGUUUCAAAGUGUAUUCAAGUAGAUUUUACCGAACUUUAACAGUGAAUCCUGUUUUGAUUUUGUUUUGGUAAAGAAAUACAAAGUA